AAUACUUACAUAAAUUAAUAUAAUAUCGUUUCGAAUUCAACUAACUGUUCAUAUAUCAGUUCAACCUGUUACAAACCAAAGUUAUUCUAAAAGAAUAUCGUUUUCAAGCACUAAUUGUUGGGCUGUAAACGGAUCUCUCAGAUAUUAUUGACGUUACUGAAUUAAUAGCCUCUAGAAGCUUUUAAAUCCGCACAAACAACUUUUUGCGCCAUCAGACAAUAUUGCCUUAUCAGGCAAUAUGGGGAUGUCAGAGCGCGAGACAGCCGAAAUUCCUUUGCGCGGCCUGCGACGAGUCGACAAUCGUAGAGAGAGCGAUAUACUCAGAGUGAACGUUUAGAAGCGAUAAAAAGAUGAUAAUUAAGAGCUGUGUUGUGCUAAGUGAUGCAUCUGUGGGCCCUCUCGUAUGAUAGUCGAUCCCCUCGAAGUAUCCAUCUUUUUCGGAGCCUCCACCCGACGCGUUUGCGAUUGGAGAGCACUAAUCAAUUAAUUAAACUAUUCAUAGAAUACGCGGAUUUUAAAAAGCAAGAUGAGAGAGCGAUUGCAAUUAAAAUUUACUUCAUUCGUCGACUUAAAUGGACCUCCCAUUCUUGAAUCCUUCAGAGAUAAUUAAAGAGCGAUUGAGAACGAGAGAGGGAAUCUGAUUUUUCUAAGUUACUAGUUUCGAGCUAGUGUGUCAUCUCAAAAUAUGUUACAUAUCUUGAAUUAAGACGGAAUAGUGCACGGAGAAGAAUAUUAAGGGAUUUCCUACAAUCUUGCUCCGAGAAUCAUAAGAGUUUAAAAAGUAAAAGAGAGAGAGAGAGAAAGAGAUCUACCUCAAGUUAUUAUUCCGAUUACGAAGAAGUGCGAUGAGCGAUAAACGAAGAUUUCCCGGAUUGAGAAAAAAAAGAGCCUGCGUAGAUCGCGAAAACAUCGCGGCUACUUGGACGGAACGAUUCAGUCUGACGCCGAGAGCAGCUGAUAAUUACGGCCAGUGACCAUUAAUAAACUAAUCCUUGGGAAUUUCUUACCAUGCGGACCCAUCCGGAGCAAGGAGCCCUGCCGCUUUAUCGGCCUUUAGAAUCUCCGAGUGCCCAGGGCAAGAUCGUCAUAUUUUCUUUCCUAUCCUCCACCUUCUUCCUGAUUUCUCUCGACUUCCUUUCCAUCCCCCGGAGGAAGGAAUCAUCAAUCCACGCGGGACUCAAUUAUUAACUGUAAAUAAUCUCCUUUUCUCUCUAAGAAUGGAUAUGAACAUUGAGGAUCCCCACAUAGCUACCGCUCUUGAAUCGCUGAUUUCUGAAGCUGGCUCCACGCCCGUCUCAAGUGCGAAAGAUCGCAACAAAUGCCCUGGCGAUCAGAAAUUACAUCCUUCAUCCAUUAAAAGCUCACGCUCAGGCUCUGAGACCAGUACGAAAUUUCAUUUAGGUCCAGUUUCUGGAUCAGUUAUCUCGCUUACCGACAGCAUCCGCAACAACCGAUAUUCGGCUAGCAAUGCCGGACCCUUUGAUGUCCAUGUGCAACAUCUUUCUGAUUCGAAAAGCUCGCUACAUCCAAUUUUUGAAAGAAUCAUUUGUGAACUAAUCAUAGAAGAUAUUCUUGAAAUUAAAAGAAUCGGAUACUCUAAAGUAUCAGUAUUUUUUAAAUCUAGAGAAGCAGCCAAUGCUUUAGUAGAAGAUAGGAGGCUUGCCACCAAAGAUGUAGUAGCCUUUAUCCCCCCCCCCUUCCGUAUCUCUCGGAAGGACAUUAUUAGGGAUGUUCCUUUGGACCUCAUUGACCAGAUGAUCUUGAGAAACAUCAAUAGCCCCAUAAAGGUUGUCGCUGUCAACAGGUUGAAUCGUAGAAUCACAAGAACUCCUAACAUAGAUUCUCAAGAAGACGCUGCCACGCCAAUCACUUACACCCCUUCUCUUAUUGUCUCGCUCAUCUUUGAGGACCAGAAGAUUCCAAACUAUAUUGUCAUGUUCCAUGUCAGAUAUCCUGUGUCACCUUAUAUAGCAAGAGUCUCACGCUGUAAUCAAUGUUUUAGAUUUGGACACAUUAAAGUCAAUUGUAAGAGCCAGCCACGCUGUGCAUACUGCGAGGGAAAAGGUCAUACCUUCUCUAAGGAACAAUGUCAACACUCAGAGGAUCCGCCAAAAUGCGCUAAUUGUAAGGGUGAUCAUCGUGUUGACUCGCCUUCCUGCCCGGAACUUAUCACACAGAAGGAGAUCAGAAACUUAAACGAUCUUUCAGCGCUCAACAUACAAGUUCACCUUAAAGCAAAUUCGCGAAUUGGAGGUGGAGAAGAAUCAGCACACAGAUGGCGACGUCUUGUAUCAAACGUGCAACCAGAAAUUUAACUAUUGAAAAUUUAACUGAGGCACGCGAUAAAAUUCGAGAGCUCGAAAAGGCCAGUAAAAAAAAAAAACAAAGCAUUUUGAACGAUGUACAAGAAAAUAGACGUGAAUAUGAGGCGACAUAUCCAUGCAUGAUAAGUAUAUUGAAUAGGGAAGUGGAGGCCCUCAUGGCUAUUGAUAGGGUGUUUCAGGCAGAAAGCAGUGUGCCUGAUCCAAUGGUUAAGACUUGUGGUAUCAAACGGCUGAGAGGAGAAAGAAAGGGGGAUAAAUGAGAUGAGGUGGGCCCCAAAGUCAGUCCCGGCUAAUCACCGGCGAUAUUAAUGCGUGGUGUGUAUGAAGAAUGCAGCGAAAACCCACGUUUGAGUCUCGGUAAAUUGCUGAGACGGUGGUUAAAAAAAAUGCACUGGCACAUCAACCGUUAAUUGAAUCAUUCAUUCUCGAAUACGCUCGCAGAAUCUAUCCGUAGUCAUUACGGAGAAAUAAAUUUGUUUCAUAUGAAUAAUUAUUAGGUUCGCGCGGGUUUGGAUUAAAAAUCGAUGCGAACGAAAUCGUUAAAUAAA